AGUAAAUAAGAGUGCAUGGAGUGGCCGAUUGACACUUUAUGAUAUAGAUUGUAGAAUAUAGACUAGAUCUAGAUCCUAUCCCUGCCCCAGCAGAACGCGUCCCAGGGCUAGGUUAGCUGUAGAUUUCAAGUACGAGGUUUCCCCUUCAGUGUGUUUUAUAAUGUAUACAGCCUAACAAGACGUUCUGUAACCUGGAUGUUAUAGGAAUGGACCAGCCAGUGUCGGCAACACCAUUUUGUUCAGGUGAUGAUGUCAUUGCCAGAAAACUUGAGCUUACCUGUACUUCCACAUCCAGAGGGGACUUGCAUGAUGUUUAUGAUGUAGAUAAUACCAUCCAGUGGAUUUUACUCAAUGGAUUCAAAAUGGUGGCGCUACAGUUCCCAGACAAGUUGCUGGUUGAUGCACCAGGAGUUGUUGCCCUUAUACAGAACAAAGUCAGUGAUGUAACAGUGUUCAUCUUAGGUGAUACAUCAUACGGAAGCUGCUGUGUAGAUGAAGUUGGGGCCUUGCACUAUAAAGCUGACUGUGUAAUUCAUUACGAUCACGCUUGCUUGAGCCCCACUCAGCGUCUGCCUGUUUACUACGUUUAUGGAAAGUCUAGCAUUGAUGUCGACAACUGUAUCAACCAAAUAAAUGAAACAUGUACAGAUAGAACAAUGAAAGUUGUGCUAGUCUUUGACACAGAAUACCUGCAUGUCACAGAUGAACUAUUCAAGAGACUUCAGAACCAUUUCUCCAGCAUUAUUCUUUCCAAGCAAGUGGAUACUCACCAUACUGAAACACACAACGCUUGCCUAAAACAGUCUCCAUCCUUACCAACUGAAGACAAUAAAAAUCCUCUGAUUUCACCGGACACAUCUAAAUCAGUUCUUUUUAAAUGUGGGAGAAAAUUUGAACUUCCGACAGAUGAACAGAUAGACAGCUAUAGCAUUUUAUUUAUUGGAGAUACUCAAAGUCCAACUUUAACAAACUUGAUGAUGACUUUAAACAAAUGCCCAUUUUACUCCUACGACCCGGCCAAAAAUAUUUGCAGAAGAGAAAGUUUUCAGGUGAACAAAGCUCUGAUGAAGCGCUACUAUCUUAUUGAGAGAGCUAAAGACGCCAGAAUUGUGGGUCUGCUAGCGGGGACCCUGGGGGUGACAAGAUACAAGGAGAUGUUGGAGCAGCUAAAGUGUGUGCUGAGGAAGGCUGGUAAGAAAACAUACACCUUUGUUGUUGGCAAGCUGAACCCAGCCAAGCUUGCCAACUUUGCUGAGGUGGAUGUCUUUGUCCUGGUCUCUUGUCCAGAAAGUGUUCUGCUUGACCAGUCCGAGUUCUACCGUCCCAUCGUGUCGCCUCUAGAGAUGGACAUAGCAUGUAAUCAAGCCAGAGAGUGGACAGGAAGUUACAGCACGGACUUCACGGAGUUGUUGCCAGGUGGUGCCAUGCAUAUAGAAGCACCAGACAUUAGUGAGACUGAUGAAGCCACCCCUGAUGUGUCUCUUAUAAGUAACAAAGUGAGGACCAUUGGCAUAAGAGACCAGCCGGACGUCAGCCAGAGCACCAGCACAGAGCUUUCAUUGAGAUCAGAGCAGAUGAGUGUGGCCAUAACUGCAGAUGAUGCCGGAGAAUACCUGGCCAGCAGAAGUUGGAAAGGGCUGGAACAAAAGUUAGGUGAAACUCCAGUGGUCAAGGCAACAGAAGGGCAGUAUGGGAUAGCUUCAUAUUACCAACAUGAAGUUUCUAAAUAAAGUUUUUAAAGGAGAUUUA